GCCAAGCCGAAUAUUCAGUUUUCCACCCAAAAGCAUUUAUUUCUCAAAGAAAAAAUCGAAUUUCAACAUUAAACAUGUCAAUUGCACGCAUAAUAAUGAAGCUUACAGAUUACUUCUUCCCAUAUCUUAUCACGCAAGCUUAUAAGAAGAUUCGUAAAGAAUUUCACGUUAUACAGUCGACACUGUUGUCUAGCAGUAAAUUUAGUCUUUCUUCGAGAUUCCAUAAUAUCAGAUAUUUUAGUACUACAUGUAGUAACGCCAAUAAACAAUCGCCAAAAAAAUCAGGCUUAGAAAAUCCAGAUAAAAAUCCAGAUAAAAAGCCUGACGAAAAUGAGGAUAUGAAAUCAGUUCUUACUAAGUUUUCCAUGUGGUUUAUGUUAUUAUAUGCUAUCUUAAUUGCGUUGAGACACCAAAUAGAUAUGUACUCAGAUACAGAAAAGCGAUCGCCACCUCUCGGAAGGCAAAGGCAAACCACCGAGAGUAACUCUACAGAAGCGUCUCUUUUCUAAUAGACCGUUCGGAACCAGCAUUAAAACUGUAGAUCCCAUAUAUCUACGGAUCCAUAUAUCUACAGAAGAGACAAGCCUACGCGCAGAGAAGCAUAUAACACGCGAAAGAAAAGAAACCAUCAGCUUCUGUCUCCUGGAAUGAAUUCGUAUACGACAUGUUGAACAAAGGGGAAGUCGAGGCGAUUAUUAUAAAUCCUAGUAUCGAGCAUGUUAUAAUUGUGGUGCAUGAUGGCGCCAUUAUUAAAGGAAAGAGGAGUUUGUACAAGAGAUAUAUCAUGGCUGUUCCAAGCAUUGAGAAUUUUGAAGAGAAAUUAAGGAAGGUGGAAAAAAAUCUUGGCAUAAAAGCCGGUCAAGGAGUACAAGUGAUUUACGAAAGGAAGACAGAAUAUAUAGCGGGUGCUGUGAGACUUGUACUUAUUGCAUUGGUAGCCGCUGUGGCCUUUAGUUUUGUGAGAAAACGCUUUUCCUUCAAACCCUUUGAGAUUAUUUCGCAAAUGAAGCAAGCAAAAUUUACUCUAGUUGAACCGUUAGUGGGAAAAGGUAAAGGUGUACGUUUUGCGGAUGUAGCUGGACUGAAGGAAGCCAAGAUAGAAGUGAUGGAAUUUGUCGAUUAUCUGAAAAAACCAGAGCGUUACAAAAUGUUAGGUGCCAAAAUACCGCAAGGUGUUUUACUUUUGGGACCUCCUGGGUGCGGUAAAACAUUACUGGCUAAAGCUGUAGCGACUGAAGCGAGCGUACCUUUCCUAUCUAUGAACGGCUCUGAGUUUAUCGAGGUAUUUGGUGGUUUAGGUGCUGCUCGAGUUAGAGAUUUGUUCAAAGAAGCUAAAAAAAGAGCACCAAGUAUCAUAUAUAUCGAUGAAAUUGAUGCAAUUGGAAAGAAACGUUCAAAGAGCUCACUGGGAGUUGGCGACAGUGAAUCUGAACGAACGUUAAAUCAACUUUUAGUAGAAAUGGACGGGAUGAUAGCAAAAGAAAAUGUUAUUAUACUGGCCUCAACCAAUAGAGCGGAUGUAUUGGAUAAGGCCUUAUUGAGACCAGGCAGAUUCGAUCGUCACAUUUUAAUCGAUUUUCCCACAUUAGAGGAGAGACAACAGAUCUUCGAGACUCACCUCAAAAAAGUAUCUUUGCAUGACAAACCUUCAAAAUAUUCGGGAUACUUGGCUUAUCUUACUCCUGGUUUUAGCGGUGCCGACAUAGCGAAUGUCUGCAACGAAGCUGCGCUUCAUGCCGCAAGAGAUAAAAAAAAACAAGUAGAUAGCAGCGAUCUUACAUACGCAAUUGACAGAACAAUCGGUGGUUUGACAAAGAGGAAUAAUCCAUUAACACCAUCUACGAAACGCGUCGUCGCUUAUCAUGAGGCCGGCCAUGCGCUAGUAGGAUGGUUGUUAGAACAUACUGAUGCCUUGCUCAAAGUAACGAUAGUGCCACGAACUAACUUAAAGCUGGGAUUUGCGCAGUACACUCAAUCCGAUCAAAAGCUCUAUAGUAAAGAGCAACUCUUCGAACGCAUGUGUAUGACAUUAGGUGGUCGAGUCGCAGAACAUGUGACGUUCGAUAAGAUCUCGACGGGCGCUGAAAAUGAUUUAAAGACAGUGACGAAAACGGCAUAUCUUCAGGUCCAACAGUUUGGAAUGAGUCCUGCUGUGGGUUUAGUUUCUUUCGACGAGGAACAGACUAGCACAAAAAAUAAGAAACUAUAUAGUAAAAAAUUAGCCAAUUUAAUGGACGCCGAAGUAAGAAGAAUAAUAGGGGAAGCGUAUGAACGAACUCGACAAUUGCUUUUGAAUAACAAAAACAAAUUGGAUACGCUUGCGGAAGCCCUAUUAAAAAAAGAAACAUUGUCGUACGACGAUGUGGAAAAAUUAAUUGGACCGCCACCAUAUGGAAAAAAGCGGCUUGUGGAGCCAGCGGAAUUUGAAAAUUCUGGUCCAGCUAGAGAAUCCCCAUCAGUAGAGAGAGAACCGACAGAGUGAAUGUUAAAUAUAUUUUGUUGAUAUUUAUGUUCUGUAUAAAGAUUAGCGUGAUAAAAUAUAUGAAAUAUAUUAAAACUUUUUUGACAACUUGA